ACCUUCCCCAGCUGUCCUUUCCCUACGGCGUACCAAGGUGUAACAUUAGGGGUCGGACUAAUCGCAGUUCAUCCUCCACCUGAGACGCCAGAUUGAACCAACAACCCUUCCAAAUUCAGCAACAUGCCUCCCAAGUUCGAUCCAACAGAAGUUAAGACCGUGUGUCUGAGGUGUGUUGGAGGUGAGAUGGCUGCCACCUCAUCCCUGGCCCCAAAGAUUGGUCCACUGGGUCUGUCCCCCAAGAAGGUUGGUGACGACAUCAUGAAGGCCACUGGGGACUGGAAGGGCCUCAAGGUCACCGUGAAGCUCAUCAUCCAGAACCGUCAGGCCCGUGUGGAGGUGGUCCCCUCUGCCGCCUCCCUGGUCAUCAAGGCCCUCAAGGAGCCUCCACGUGACAGGAAGAAGGUUAAGCACAUUAAGCACAAUGGCAACCUGACCCUGGACCAGAUGGUGGAGAUUGCACGCAUUAUGCGGCCCCGAUCACAGGCACGUGCACUGUCUGGCACCCUGAAGGAAGUUCUUGGCACUGCCCAGAGCAUUGGGUGCACUGUGGAAGGCCAGAGCCCCCAUGACAUAAUUGAGGGCAUUGAUGAUGGAUCAGUGGAGGUGCCUGAAGAGUGAUCUCUUCAUACCUAAUUGGACCUUCAGUACAGCACCACACCACCACACCUGUCUUGUACCCAGCCUCAGUGCGAGACCAACUGCACCAUUCCAGUGUGACAUAGCUUAAUUCUGUUGUACUGAGAGUUGGGAAACAAAGCUGUACUGGAGGUUUA